UCUUUUCUUUGUAAGAAUGGACCAUAACUUCUCCUAUUCCAGCCACAUCCAGAAUGUCCCAUCAGAAUAUAACCAUACUCCAUCCAUCCACAUUUUUUCUUUUGGGAAUCCCAGGGCUUGAGACUGUCCAUGCCUGGAUUUCCCUGCCCUUCUUUUGUUUUUACUUAAUGGUUCUUAUUGGAAAUGUCACAAUUUUGACAGUCAUAUGGACAGAGAAGACUCUCUGGGAUCCCAUGUUCUUCUUCUUGGCCAUUCUAUCAGUCACAGAUCUGGCCCUUUCCACAACCUCAGUGCCACGUAUGUUGGGUAUCUUCUGGUUUGAUGCUCAUGAAAUUGGCUUUGGAGUCUGUGUGGCCCAGAUGUUUUUCAUACACACCUUCACAGGAAUGGAGUCUGCAGUCCUGCUGGCCAUGGCCUUUGACCGCUACGUGGCCAUCUGUGCACCGCUCCACUACACCACCAUCCUGACCGUCUGGGUCCUGUUGGGGCUUGCACUUGGUGUUGUAUUGGGCACAGUCACGCUCACACUACCCGUGGUGUACCUCGUUUACCGUCUGCCCUUCUGCGAUGCCCGUAUUAUUGCCCACACCUACUGUGAGCACAUGGGCAUUGCCAAGUUGGCUUGUGCCAACAUUCGAAUCAAUGCCAUCUAUGGUCUCUUUGCUGCUUCCUUCCUUGUCUUUGUCCUCAUACUGGUUGGAAUCUCCUAUGGCUACAUCCUUCAUACCGUUUUCCACCUCAAAUCCCAAGAUGCACGUCACAAGACACUGAGCAUUUGUGGCUCCCAUGCUGCAGUCAUGCUGGUUUUCUACAUACCCUCUCUCUUCUCGUUCCUCACUCAUCGAUUUGGUCAAAAAAUACCCCCUUAUAUCCACAUUCUUGUUGCCAACGUCUAUGUGGUACUUCCACCUGCCCUCAACCCUGUCAUCUAUGGGGUAAGGACCAAGCAAAUCAGAGGGUGCGUGAUUCGAGUGUUGACUGGCAAGUAAGGAACAUUACAUUCGG